UUACGCUGCUUAAAGCAUCUGUCGAGCGGUCACGACUUAAAAGGCUCCAAAUAAGGUGAUUUGGUAACAUCAAGGCCUGCCCAGCGGUAAUGAUUACAUUUGGACUUAGGAUCUAUGCAAGAAUUUGUAGGCCACUAAAUCUGCCCGGUUCCCAGCCCCCACGACGCUUCAAAAGCCUUGUCAUUCAAAGGCUGAGGAUGUUUGACAAUCCCAGCUUGUACCACUCCACCAAUUAAUUGGAUACGUUGUCGGGAUGUUCGUCUCUCUCAUCUGCUACUUAGAAAGACAAAGGAUCGAUGGGGGGCUGUUGACACCUCCGUGUCCGCGCGCACUAUAAAUGAGGCGUCUCCGCACAGGAGCCGCGUUCACUUUCUGGCUGCACUUCGGAGAAGCGGCGUCUCUCAGCGAGGACCUCUCCUGCUUUGGUUGUUUUUUUUACCUGGUAACACGUCCCACAAUGCAGGUGCCCGCCGUGCCCGUUGGAACUUAUGGAUACUCCGUGCGUAAUUACGCGCCGGCAUCGCUGUACCCGCAGUACCAGGGGAGCCCGUGCGCCUCGUCCACGAAACCUCCGAGUGGGAAAUCCUUCACUAUCGACGCGUUGCUCGGCAAGACUGAGGACACGAGCAGCGGCCGGGCGAGUCCUGGUCAGUGUGGAGGGAAGUAUCAGCCUGCGGCCACGGUUCUCUCCGUCACCGGGCACGCGGGCUUACCGAUGGCACCGGCGCCGUACGUCUACUCGCCCAACGUGCUGCACGCGCAACCUGGAUAUCCUGUCUACUGCUGCCCACCUUUCACCUGCCAGACAUCGUGUCGCGGAGCGUUUUACGCACAAGCUUCACUGUCCAAAGUCAGCGCAGACCUCCAUUCGUUCAAAAGCAAGGGCGGAAAGUCGAAGAGGAUGCGCACCAGCUUCACCAUGGAGCAGCUGUCCCGGCUGGAGAAGGAGUUCGCGCGGCAGCAGUACAUGGUGGGAUCCGAGCGGUUCCUCCUGGCCUCGGCUCUGCAGCUCACAGAAGCCCAGGUCAAAGUGUGGUUCCAGAAUCGACGCAUCAAGUGGCGCAAGCAGAGCCUGGAGCAGCAGCAGGCCAAGCUGGCCAAACUGGGCCUGGCGGCGCCGCCCAAGAGUCCCGGGUCCCAGGGCCACGGGGAUGAAGGCGACGAGGAGUUCUCCGAGUCAGACGUGGACGUGGACGUGUCCGACGACUGCACUGACCACUGUUAACCCACGCAGAGGACCAGUGGAAUAAAGACUUGUGUACAUAGUGCGGAGCUGCUUCUCCAACUAAGAUUAUUUAAUAGAUGUAUAUUUAAUGUCCUGCAUUUA